AUGAUAUUUCAUUUCACAGGAACAGACAACCAGCAGAUCGCUAUCACCCCGACCCCGGAGUCAUCUCCUCAUGGGAAGCUGUUGCCGAUUUCACCAACAUGGCCUUUCUCUGAAGUCCAGUCUUCCUCAGCAGUGGACAGAAUGAAGCCUGGGCCCGGAGCAUCCCCUGACAACACGAGCUGGCCGCAGUCCGCCUGGACGGCCCUACCCAAAACACACCGCCGAGCUCGGGCCCACGGGGACUUCUCUCCUUCCCAAGGCAGCGCCCACAGCGCCUCCCUCGAGCCUUCCAAGGAUUCCGCCGAGACCCUGGUCCAGCCAAGAGCUCCAGGGGGAAAACAAGCAGCCUCAGUGUCAGUGGAUUCCUCAGUGUUGCCCAAGGCAGAACCGACAGCAGCAGCAGCAGCAGCAGCAGCAGCAGCAACCACAUUGUUUCUUCGGAAAUCAAGUCCACUGGUGCUGUCUGCAGCCCUGGUUGCCAAGGGCACCGGCAGCAGCCCUUCGGCCAUGGCCUCGGGAUUAGCCAAGAGCAGCUGGACCACUGCUCUAGCUAAAAACAUCACGAGCAGUGCGGCAUCUGGCCCCAAAGCGACACCAGGGGUGGCUCAUCCAGCCUUCUCCUUCACGCCGACCUACAUGUUUGCAAGAACAGCACACACCGUGAGCGCUCACCCAGCCAUGCAAGGGAACACGGGCGCUGCCUCUGGCCUGUUAUCCACAACACACCUCCCCAGGAAACCACAAGCCAUGCACACGGGCUUCCCGAACCCCACCAACCCAGACCUGCCCAGGGUGUCCACCACUCGCCCGCUGACCAUCACAGCAGCCUUGACGUCCAUCACCGCACCAGUGAGGGCCACCCGGAUGCCGCCUUCAUCAGCAGAAAACACAGAUGCCGCUCUUCCCGCUGUGUCCACUGCUGUGGUCACACCUGGCAAGACGGCGUCCAACCUGGAGUGUCAGAUGUCCACUAAGCUCCUGGUGAAGACAGUUCUCUUUCUGACUCAAAGGAGGAUGCAGAUCAGUGAAACCUUGAAGCUCAAUAUAGCCAAAGGGCUCACACAGGCCUUGCGGAAGGCGUUCCACCAGAAUGACGUCUUGGCUCAUGUGGACCUUCUGGAACAUUCUCACAACAUCACCGUUGGUUAUUAUGCUACCAAGGGGAGGCUGGUCUACUUGCCUUCCGCAGUGAUCGAAACACUGGGUGUUUACGGGAUCAGCAACGUCACUGCGGAUGUGAAGCAGCACACCCCAAACUUGCAGUCUGUGGCUGUACUUGCCUCCACGUGGACUCCCCAGCCUGCAGGCUACUUGCAGCUGAAAACAGUGCUACAGUUUGUGAGCCAGUCCGACAACAUACAGUCCUGCAAAUUUGCUCAGACCAUGGAACAGAGGCUACAGAGAGCCUUCCAGGAUGCCGAGAAGAAAGUUCUGAAUACUAAAAGCAACCUAACGAUUCAGAUGGUGAGCACAUCCAACGCCUCCCAGACAGUCACCUUGGUGUACGUGGUGGCCAACCGAAGCUCCUUCCUCAACGGCACCGUGGCCAGCAGCCUCCUCCGCCAGCUCUCCGCUGAGCUGGUGGGGUUCUACCUCACCUACCCACCGCUCACCAUCGCCGAACCGCUGGAAUACCCCAACCUCGAUAUAUCAGAAACAACGAGAGACUAUUGGGUAAUCACAGUGCUGCAGGGCGUGGACAAUUCCCUGGUGGGCCUGCACAACCAGAGCUUCGCCCGGGUCAUGGAGCAGCGCCUGGCCCAGCUGUUCAUGAUGUCCCAGCAACAAGGCCGGCGGUUUAAACGGGCCACCACUCUGGGAAGCUACACUGUGCAGAUGGUAAAGAUGCAGCGGGUGCCGGGACCCAAGGACCCUGCAGAGCUGACUUACUACACCCUGUACAACGGGAAACCUCUGCUGGGGACUGCAGCUGCCAAGAUCCUAAGCACCAUUGACUCCCAAAGGAUGGCCUUGACUCUGCAUCAUGUUGUUCUUCUGCAAGCUGACCCCGUGGUGAAGAACCCACCCAACAACCUGUGGAUCAUCGCCGCGGUGCUGGCGCCCAUCGCCGUGGUCACCGUCAUCAUCAUCAUCAUCACUGCCGUCCUCUGCCGCAAGAACAAGAACGACUUCAAGCCGGACACCGUGAUGAACCUGCCUCAGCGAGCAAAGCCUGUGCAGGGCUUUGAUUAUGCCAAGCAGCACCUGGGCCAGCAAGGGGCAGACGAGGAGGUCAUCCCGGUGACUCAGGAAACGGUGGUCCUCCCACUGCCCGUUAGAGAUGCUCCUGCCUCUCAGGAAAGGGAUGCCCCUCAGGAUGGAAGCACCAUCAAGACGGCCAAAUCCAUCGAAACCAGAAAGAGGUCGCCCAGUGAGAAUGGCUCUGUCAUCAGCAACGAAUCAGGGAAGCCCAGCUCGGGGAGGCGCUCACCCCAGAAUGUAAUGGCACAGCAGAAAGUGACAAAGGAGGAGGCUCGGAAGAGAAAUGUGCCGGCGAGUGAUGAAGAGGAAGGAGCGGUCCUUUUUGACAACUCUGGCAAGGCGGCUGUGGAUCCCUUUGACACGUCUUCUGGGUCUGUGCAACUCAUCGGAAUAAAACCCACAGCCCUCCCCGUGGUGCACCCCACCUCGGACAGGAGCCAGGAGCCGGCCGUCCUCAACGGCGAGGUGAACAAAGCCCUGAAGCAGAAGUCAGACAUUGAACACUAUCGGAACAAGCUGCGCCUCAAAGCCAAGAGGAAGGGUUACUACGACUUCCCCCCGGUGGAGGCUAGCAAGGCUCAGACGGAAAGGAAAAAGAUGUAUGAAAAAGCACCAAAGGAAAUUGAGCACGUCUUGGAUCCAGACCCAGAACUGUGUGCCCCGUUCACUGAGGCUAAAAACAGGCAACAGAUGAAGAACUCUGUCUACCGGAGCCGGCAAUCUCUGAACAGCCCGAGUCCAGGGGAAACAGAGAUGGACCUUCUGGUAACUCGGGAGCGACCCCGGCGUGGGAUCCGUAACAGUGGAUACGAUACAGAGCCUGAGAUCAUAGAGGAAACCAACAUCGACAGAGUGAGUGAGCCGCGGGGCUACGGCCGGUCGAGGCAGGUGAAAGGUCACUCGGAGACCUCCACCCUGAGCUCGCAGCCCUCCAUCGACGAGGUCCGGCAGCAGAUGCACAUGCUGCUAGAGGAGGCCUUCAGCCUGGCGUCAGCGGGCCACGCGGGCCAGGGCCGGCACCCGGAGGCCUAUGGCUCCGCCCAGCACCUGCCCUACUCCGAGGUGGUGACCAGCGCUCCAGGGACCAUGACGCGGCCCAGGGCUGGGGUGCAGUGGGUGCCGACCUACCGCCCAGAAAUGUACCAGUACAGUCUGCCCCGGCCGGCCUACAGGUUUUCCCAGCUUCCUGAAAUGGUCAUGGGCUCUCCCCCUCCACCUGUGCCUCCGCGGACGGGCCCUGUGGCUGUCGCUUCUCUCAGGCGGUCCACUUCGGACGUUGGCAGCAAGACUAGGAUGGCCGAGUCCGCGGGGCCCGAGCCCGCCCAGCUGCACGACAGCGCCUCCUUCGCGCAGGUGUCCCGAGGCCCCGUGUCCGUGGCGCAGUUGGAUCAGUCGGCUUUAAAUUACUCAGGUAAUACGGUGCCGGCAGUGUUCGCCAUCCCAGCUGCCAACAGACCUGGUUUCACUGGCUACUUCAUCCCGACGCCCCCCUCGUCCUACAGAAACCAGGCCUGGAUGUCCUACGCCGGAGAGAACGAGCUCCCCAGCCAGUGGGCUGAUUCGGUCCCCCUCCCGGGGUACAUUGAGGCUUACCCCCGAUCCCGGUAUCAGCAGAACUCGCCCUCCAGGCUCCCUCGUCAGUACAGCCAGCCAGCUGGGCUGCACCCCAGCUUGGAGCAGGCCCCGGUGCCCUCCACAGCAGCCUCACAGCAGAGCCUGGCGGACAACGACCCAUCCGACACCCCCCUCACCAACAUUUCCACGGCAGCCCUGGUGAAAGCCAUCCGGGAAGAGGUGGCCAAGCUUGCCAAGAAACAGACAGACAUGUUCGAGUUCCAGGUCUAAUGCCUUCACCCCUUGAGACUUCCAGACUCUGAGGAAGCAGGCUUUGGGUUUCUCCAGGCAUGGUGGGACUGGAGACAGGAGACGAUGUGGGAGUCUUUCUCACCCUCAGUUUCUAAAAAGGUGAACAGAGGGGCUUCUGGGGAACAGGAAACUCUUGAACAACAGGAUGCUUGGCCUAUUCAACUGAUUGUAUGUCAACAAGUCCGCAUGUGGGACCAUAUGUUUGAUAUUCUGUUACGUUAACUGUUUGAGCUGUGGGUGUAUUCCCUCUCCUAUGGAGCAUUAGUCACGAGAGAGGAGACGCUUGCUAAUCUGCAGAUUCCUGUCCAAUACCACAUUUUAACAGGUCACCAGAAGGGGGAGAGCACAGCUCUAUCUUCAGUGACCUCUGCAUGUUAACUCUGUUUCUGUGUUAAAGGCAAUGCAGGUGUGUGAUGAAGCCCCAGACUGUUCUCUCAUUCAGCCAGAACUAUAAUUAUCCAGUCACCUCCAGUCUCCAAGGGAGACACUGACUCCAGCCAAGAAACUUGAGUCCUUUUCUUUUAAAGGUUCAUAUUCAAAGUCAAAUAAAUUGGAUGAAAAUCUGGACUGUCAAUGACUGCACCUAUACAUAGUCCUGACUCUUCCCCCCACCCCCAAUUAACUCAACAAAGGCCAAGAAAGAGAGAAGAUAAGAGGGAAUGGUGGAUUCGUGUUGACAGGUUCUUUGAAAAGGUGUUGUCAUGUUGGAAAUAGAGUAUUCUGCAAGUUGGGCUCUAGCUCGAAGAGCAUCGGUGCUAAGAGCUUUUAGGAUCCUACAAAAGAAAAACAGCUUUUUUUUGCCCUGCAGUGAAGGUAGCCUGAGAACAGAGCUUCUCUCUUUUGGGGGAGACAAUAGAUACAUCGACUUUUACAAGGAAAUCUCUGUCUCUUCAAUAAUGAUGUCCAGCAUGUGCUGCCCAGUGAUACAAAAGGAAAUAGUCAUUGAUGCCAGUUGGAAGCAGGGAUAGUGAACCCAGUCUCCCCAGGCUGCAGCCUCUGUUUAUAGACGCUUCUGAAUGUAGAAAAUCUGUUAUUUACGUUCAAAUGUAAAUACCAUUUUUAAAGGUGUAUGGAGUUAGCCAGUCCCCUCCCAUACUUGUCCCUGUAGUUAAUAGACAUAGGAGGACAUAUGCCGCAAUGGCGGGCUUCUGACCUCGUGACCAUGAUGCUGUAAGUUAGGCUUCCUGGCAUGGUAGGUCAGCCUCCAGAGCUCUGGGUGGACAUUGCCUUGCAGCCUUGAGGCACCAGCUGCUGACUGACAACGCUGACUUCGGGUAGCCCAGGGGGAGGGACACCCUGGUUCCAUCACCAACUUUGGGAGCUAUGCUCAAUGUCAAGGGCUUUCAUGGUGUCUGUUGGGGAGUGAGGUCCUUUCCCGCCUUCACCCAUGAUCCAUCUAGCUUCAGCUUGUAUUCAUCUCCUCUGAGUCCAUCCUUCCAUUCUCCUCAUGAGUUUCUUUGGUCUUUAUUGAGAGAAGAAGGUGGAAAUUUUCAAAUUGAGAGAAGAGUAGGAAUGGAACUAAUUAGAGUGAGAGAAUCAAACUGUCAAAGCACAGACUUUUCAAAGAAGCUGUUUUUAUUUCCCAAUGGCAAAUUGCCCUUUCUGCAAUGUUCUGGAGAUGAUGUGUCAUGGAUCCCCCAAACCAGUCUCUUGUUUGGAUGAUAUUAGGUAGCGUCCUUUUGGUAUGCUGGUUGAUCUUUCAUAGUGUUAGUUUUUUGUUACUUAAAAAAAAAAAUCAGCUAUAAAUAAAAUGUAUUUUUGUAAUUUCCAUGUGUAUAUAUGGUAUAUUUCUACCAAUGGCCAGUUGUUGUAACCCAAAACCUAAAUCAGUUUGCAAACACUGUGGACAGUGCAAGAUUUUAUUGACAGAUUAACACAAUGCCUACGUCUAUCCAAAUAGGUAUUCAGUGCACUUGAAUGAACAAAGAGCCAAAGAAACUCAGCCUUUUCAUGCAAACGGUAUGAGUCUGAUAAAGUCAGCUACAUUGUCCCGCCUUAUCAAUGAUAUUACUAUCUCAUCAGUGCAAUGAUAUCAACCCAGUACUUUGUCUACUUGGUAAAUGCUUGGAAAUACUGUAUGUGAAAAUGAAGUUUCAAGACCUUAGUGUAAUUUAAAUAUAUACACAUGCUUCCAAGACAGUGUCUACACUUUGGAUGUCCCAGUGACUCACAGAGGAGGAGCCCACAGUGUGCAGUGGUCUGGCUCCAGUUGGCUAGAGGAUGCUGAAAAAUCGUGGUGAGCUGUGCAGAGUCCCGUGAGAUAACCGAGUCAGUCAGUGGAGAUGACUACAAAUACAGCAUGCUAAGUCAGACAUGCUCUUAAACUAGACACCACAGGUUUAAGAGCAGUAUAUGGGAGGAAAACCUUAGGUUGAGAAGAAAUCAGUGUGGUCCAUGUUGUCCCACCAAUGCAAAGAUGGCCGCCAUUGUUUGAUGUCCUGUGUCUAAGAUGGGGGUCCCUUUUCUGAAGAGUCUCCUGACUGUCAGGAGAUGACAGAGACCUGGAUGGCUGGCCUUGAGAAAAGGCAAGUGUUCAGAAGUGCCCUGAGAGCCGAGAGACUCUGUGUUCCUCAUGACCCUCCAGACAGUUGAAGAAACCUUGAAGAACAAGAGGAACUUUGGUGACCUCCAAGAAGGAAGCCAGCGUUCGGAGAAGUGGAGUGACCUGCCCAAGGCCUUCAGCCCCAAGCCCACUUACUCGUGAUCAGGCUUGCUUUCCAUUUCACCAUGCUGCCUGAACACUUGUCUGUGAUGCGUUUCUUGAACUGUGCUAGGAAGUUUAAAAAGUAGACAAAGGUUAUAUGAGGGAUUCCCUACAUUCUUGCAAAGGAAAAAGAUGUUGAAUACAGUGUAUAGAGGACAAUGCAUUUGUGGCAUAAUAAACAUUUUUUGGAACUAGUUUCGAUGUGAGUUUUCUGAGUUCAUGAAAAGAAAAGCAUUUUGGCUUUUUCUAGAGAGUGCCAUCAAGGAAAUGGGUUCUCCACUGCAGUUGAAGACUUUAGGGGUG